CUAAGGCGCCAACUCACCCACCUCCCUCUCAGAUCUCCCCCACACCGCUUUUCCCGGCAAUGUGAUUCCGGCCGUUACGCAAAUCCACAUUGUCUCCCUCCGAUGGCCUCCGCUUGCGUCAACAACAUCGGCAUGUCGCCGGAGAAAUUCUCGCCGGCGACGACCUACCCCUCCUACGGCUGGCUCAGCCCUAGAGUCUCCUUCAGCUGCGACAACAACAACGGCGACAAUGGCCGGGUCCCCGGAACUAAUAAGCCUUCGUCUCCGGGGAAGAAUCAACCGGAAAGUUCAGAUCCGGAGCUUUCCGGAGGAGAGUUCGAGUUCCGGCUUGAAGAUCCGGUCGCCAUGCUCCCCGCCGACGAGCUCUUCUCCGGCGGGAAGCUCAUGCCGCUCCACAUCUCCUCCGUCAAACCUCCCGUCAACGAGCCUUCUAACUCCUCCGAGAUCAGGUUACCGGAGACGGUGCAGUUCCGCCGGAGACCGGAGGCGAUGAGCGCUUCUCUCUCGGACCCCUACUUGUUCUCUCCUAAAGCUCCGAGGUGCUCCAGCCGUUGGAGAGAGCUACUUGGAUUGAAGAAGCUCUACCUGAACUCCAGUAACGGUAACGGAAACGGUAACGGCGCGAAGGCCGAGGUUAGUCAGAAAACGACGUCGUCUUCCGCAGCGCCCAAGUCACUGAAGCACUUCCUUCACCGAAGCUCCAAGUCACUGUCGUCUUCGAUUGACGCCUCGCUGAGCUUGCCGCUGCUUAGAGACUCCGACUGCGAGUCCGUCUCCAUCUCCUCCCGCCUCUCGCUCUCGUCCUCGUCCUCCGGCCACGAGCACGACGACCUGCCCCGCCUCUCCCUCGAUUCGGACAAACCGAACCCGCACCCGAACCAGAUGUUCUCGCUCCACCGUAAACCAACCCGGGCCAAAACCGCCGUCAAGAUCCGGGAAAUCAAGCAGAGAGCGGCGGCGGAUCAGGCCGCCAGGGUAGGACGGAGCCCGAUGCGGAGGCCGGCGGCGGCGGAAACCAGCGCCACCGCCGUCGCGACCAGCCGAGGCGUAUCGGUGGACAGCCCGAGAAUGAACUCGUCGGGGAAGAUAGUGUUCCAGAGCCUAGAGCGGAGCUCGAGCAGUCCAAGCAGCUUCAACGGUGGGCCCCGGCUGAAGCACAGAGGCAUGGAGCGGUCGUACUCAGCCAACGUCAGAGUGACGCCGGUCUUAAACGUCCCGGUCUGCUCCCUCCGGGGCUCCUCGAAAACCGGGUUCGGGUUCGGGCAGCUAUUUUCCUCCCCGCAAAAACGCGACUCAAACGGCGCCGUUUUCGGGAAGGGAGUUCAGCAGCACAGCCAUUACGUGCAGCAGAGUCAGAGCCAUAACAACAGGAACCGGGCAGACCGUAACUGA